UCUUACCUCAACUAGUCCAAUGUCCUCCACAAAAUUUACUUCAUCCAUACAAGACAAUCAAUAGAGAUUAUAUUUAGCAGCUGCCGGAGUUCACUUUGUAGUCAAACAAGAUCAUAUUUACCUAGAGAUGGCAGCUUAUGCAGCUCUAGUUUCUGUUUUGACUAUCAUUGACCAUAUCCAAAAUCAUCCUCGCCUUUCGAUUUCCUUCGACGUGGACCAGCUCGAAUCUCUUGGCAAAAAGGUUGGUUUCUUGCUUGAUUUUGUAGAGAAUGAUACUCAUGGUGUUGUAAGCAGACAAGUUGAAGUCUUGGAGAGCCAAAUUGCAUCUGCAGCCUAUGCCGCUGAAGACGUAAUCGAAUCUCAUGUCGUCGACCAAAUUCAACCCGCAUGUCAUCGUCUACAGAAAAUAGUAAAAGAUGAAAUUGCCAUGCUUGAUCUCCAGGCGGUAAUACAAGACAUGGAUUCUAUCAAGAAAAAAGUUUUGGAGUUCAAAGAUGAAAUUGGAUCCAACGAUGAUGAUAUACACCCCACAUCUACAACUACUUCAUCAAGUACACCUCUUAUUACCACCGGCAAGAAUACUAUGGUCGGUUUUGAGGAACACUUGUUUCAACUUUUGGACAAGCUCACUGUCCAGCAAUCUAACCGGCAAGUCAUUCCAAUCGUAGGCAUGGGAGGUAUUGGUAAGACUACUCUCGCCCAAAAUGCUUAUGAGGAUCCACUUAUUGUGCAACAUUUUGAUAUUCGUACCUGGGUCACAGUAUCUCAAAAAUAUAAUGUCAAACAACUUCUUUUACAACUUCUCUCAAGGCAAAGUUGUGAAACUGAUGAGCAUUUAUUAGGGCAAGAGUUACAUAAAAUGCUAUGGGGUCGGAGAUAUUUGAUUGUAAUUGAUGAUAUUUGGAGUAUUGAAGCCUGGGAGGAGGUAAGUCGUUUCUUUCCAGACAACAAUAAUGGAAGUCGAAUUGUUAUGACUACGAGGAUAUCGAAUGUGGCUACUCACUUUGACUCUUUGUUGUUUGAGUUGAGUUUUCUAGAUGAGGAUCAAAGUUGGAAACUAUUCUGCAAGAAGGCAUUUGGCCAUGCCGGUUGCCCUUCUAAACUAGUGGAUAUUGGAAAGGAGAUUGUUCAAAAAUGCAAAGGACUUCCCCUUUCGAUUUCUGUGAUUGGUGGUCUUCUUGGAAGGUCCCAUAUGACGCAAGAGUACUGGACAUAUAUAGCAAAAGAUUUAAUCUCAAUUUUGAACUAUGGAGAGGACGAGAAUUGCUUGAGUAUAUUAUCUUUGAGUUACAACUACUUGCCUGCUGAUCUUAAACCAUGUUUUCUUUACAUGGGAAUUUUUCCAGAAGACGAUGUUAUUCGUGUCUCCCAACUGAUCGAACUUUGGGUGGCCGAAGGAUUUAUAAAAUCGAACGAAUCACAAAGCUUGGAAGAGAUUGCACAAGGUUACAUAAAUGAUCUGAUUGACAGAAAUCUCAUUUUGAAGCAUAAGUCGGGAUCGGACGGAAGAAUUAAAUUUUGCAAGAUUCAUGAUCUUUUGCGAGACUUAAGUUUAAAGCUAGCUCAGAAAGACGAUUUUAUCUGUGUGAUGGAAGACAUCCAACGAGGAACAGAAAGGGGGCGCCGUACUGUAUGCAAUGAGACAAUUGUGCAAGCAGAGAAUCAUGAAUCUCGUGUCAUUGAUACUUUGCAAUUGGCAUCAGUCACCCGUAGUUUGAUAACGAGCACAAAUAGUCGAUUGUCCAACAAUAGAUUGCUGAGAGUAAUGUCGUUCAACGUUGAACCCGAUGAAAACUAUUUACGCUGGCAUAUUGUUGAUAAAGUUAACAUGCGGUAUCUUGCUUAUAACAAGUACGUAGUAUCCUCUCUUGUCAAGCUUCCUUCGUCAAUGAGUGUCCUCUGGAAUUUGCAAACAAUAUAUAUUGAAAGGGAAAUUGAAGCACCACCUGAAAUUUGGGAGAUGCGACAACUUAGGCAUGUGACUAUAUGGGGGUUACACCUUCAUGAUCCUCCUUCUCAGAGUCGUGGCCAACAAGAAGAUGGGUUUGCUCUGCAAAAUCUACAGACACUUAGGAGUGUAAUAAACUUUGUCUGGAGCGAGGAGGCUUGUAAGAGAGUCGUCAAUGUCAGGAAGUUGUCUAUAUAUUAUGAUGAUGACUCGAAAUGGUCAAUAAAAGACUACUCGCUCUACACUAUUGGUAAGUACUUGCAUAAACUUGAAAGACUUCAGUUAUUGUCGUUUCGUUCAGAUAAUGUGUUGCAGAAGCUCACGUUCCCAAGUUCGCUCAAGAAGUUGCAUUUGCGAAAUUGUAAGAUUCAUUUGGAAGGUUUAACAGUGAUUGGUUCGUUACCCAAUCUUGAAGUUUUGAAACUCAGUCGGCUUUCGGCCAGAGAAUCCGCGGUGUGGAAUCCUGUUGAGGGGGAAUUCCUUCGGCUGAAAUUCCUCUUAAUAUUUGAUAUCAAUCUGGUUAAGUGGAAUGCAGACAACUCUCAUUUUCCUGUUUUGGAGAAACUUUUUCUUGUAGCAUUGGGAAAAUUGGAGGAAAUCCCGUUAGAUAUCGGAGAAAUACCAACACUUGGACUUAUCCAAGUGAAUUACUGUAGUGAGCCUGCGGCAGCUAUGAAAAUAGCGGAGGAACAAGAGAAUAACGGUAACGAAGAACUUCAAGUUCGAGUUACGUUCAAUAGAAAGGCCAAAUUAGAGAGUUUUCGGGAAAAGAUGAAACAAUUAGAUGAUCACAUCGACUUCACAAGAAAUAAUUUUCACGUCGAGACAUUGUAGGACUUCUAGUUUCCAAUCGGCAGAUCACAUGUACUUCACAUAGGUUUUUUUCUGUUUCUUAUUUUUCUAUUUUAUUUCGUUUCAGGUCAUCAACAAAUUACAUUUACCAUUGCGAACUGGUAUCAUGUAUAUUUGAUUUUUUCUGUUUUA